AUGCCUACCUUCACCGUCUUCAAGGGCUCCAAGGAUGGACUGCCCAAGAAGUCCACCACCACUAAGCCCGACGAGCUCACGCGCGACCAGGUCCUCGUGAGGGUCACCGUUUCUGGUCUCUGUGGAACCGAUCUGCACUACAAAACAGACGACAUGGCCCUCGGCCACGAGGGUGUCGGCGUCGUCGAGUCCGUGGGCCCCGACUGCAAGGUGCUGAAGAAGGGCGACCGUGUCGGCUGGGGCUAUGAGCACGACAGCUGCGGCCACUGCCACCAGUGCCUGACCGGCAACGAGACCUACUGCCCGGAGCGCGCCAUGUACGCCUACGCCGACCGGGACCAGGGCUCCUUCGCCUCGCACGCCGUGUGGCGCGAGGCCUUCCUGUUCAAGAUCCCCGACGCCCUCAGCGACGAGGCCGCCGCGCCGCUGCAGUGCGGCGGCGCCACCGUCUGGAACGCCCUGCGCGCCUACAACGCCCAGCCCACCGAGACGGUCGGCGUCAUGGGCGUCGGCGGCCUGGGCCACCUGGCCAUCCAGUUCGCGGCCAAGAUGGGCUGCCGCGUCAUCGUGCUGUCCGGGUCCGACAGCAAGAAGGCCGAGGCUGAGCGCUUGGGCGCCCACGAGUUCAUCGCCACCAAGGGCAAGAAGGAGCUGUCCGUGUCGAGACCCCUGGACCGCCUGCUGGUCACGACGUCGGCCCAGCCCGACUGGAGCCAGCUGCUGCCCAUCAUGGCGCCCGGCGCCACCAUCCACCCGCUCGGCGUCGCCGGCGGCAACUUCGAGAUCCCCUACAUGCCCAUGCUGCUGGCCGGCAUCUCGGUCCAGGGCUCCGUCGUCGCCCCGCGCCACCUGCACCGCCAGAUGCUCGACUUUGCCGCCCUGCACGGCAUCGCCCCCGUCACCGAGACCUUCCCCAUGACCGAGGAGGGCAUCAAGGAGGCCAUGGACCGUCUGGAGAACGGCAACGUGCACUUCCGCGCUGUGCUCAAGGCGCAGUAG